AUGGACAAGCGGGAUCACAUUGCAGGUGUUGAAAUGUGGAAAGCUGAAGUUGACGAUAAAAAACUUUUGGCAACUUCUCGAUAUAUCCCCCCACAUGAUUAUCGAUGUUGCCUGGUUGAAUCGAAGGCGGAAAAUCAACAACAACAUGCAAAUAUUCUCUCGGACACUGACAUUACACGGCCAGCCAACUUGGUGUUGAAAGAUUUAUUUGAAAGAACAGCAAAAACAACAUCUACAGCAACAUCAGAGAACAACGUCAAAAACAUUAGGAACAUCAACCACACCAACAAUCACAUCAACAACAUAAAUAACAACAUCAACAGCAACAACAACACCCCCAUCAUCACAAAAACCAACGUCAACAAACUCUCAACACUUACUAAUGAGAACAACCCCCCAGACGCAGAUCUGAGCAACAUUAUGAUCGUUACUGAAAUUAAAAAUUCAUAUUUCACCACAGCCAGCCAAAACAAGGCAGAUCCAUAA